AUGCCUGUGUCGAAGAAUAUAGAAUUAAUACAUAUGACAAAACAUAAAAUAACGUAUCAAAUACAACGUAUAAAAUUUAUACUUGAAGAACAAAGCGUGAAGAAAUUCGACCAGCAGUUGAUAUAAAUCUUCCGUGUCUUUGUAAUCAUAAAUUCUUCGAAGCUCUUUAGUGUCUGAACACUUAAUUUCCGUCCUUAUUAUACCGCGUGGAGUAGGUUCGCCAGCGUAACCAAAUCUAUUUUCAAAUCAUGCGUCAAUAUACAUUAGCAUGUUAGAAUUUUUUCCCCCCAUAAAGAUAAAUGCACGUACUUUGUAUAUGCGCUGCCAAUAUCCAAUAUUACCAUUUGUUUGUCCGAAAAAAAACGGAUGCCUUCGUAAGUACGAAGCAUUUUGACAGAUCUUUCUGUUGUACCGCGGAGUCCUGUUGUAAUAUAACCUAAAACAGUAAUCCACAAAGUGCAAAUCGAUCGAACAAAUCUUCGAGCUUUUAGAUUGACAGGAAAUUCGAUUGAUGUAAUUAUCGCUAAUGUUUCUAUUUUCAUCUACAUUUAAACACAAAACACAAAAGUUGUAGGUGAUUGUAAACUUCCCUUUACAUUUGGAAUGCAAGCAGAACAUAUGAAUCAUUUAGUUCGAAACGCUUGAACUUUUCUUCAAGUUCUCCAUUCUCCAUACUUUUAUAUAUUUUAUUAUCUAUUUUUGCAUUGCAAGGUAAGAUUUUCAUACAGGGUUCAAAGAAGACAAUAAACUAUGAGCUUUAUAAUAAUUAUAUGACAAACUUUAUUAAUACCUAAUAGAGGAAAAUGCAUAUGUUUAAACAAUCAUUUCAAGUUCCCUUGCAUAAUCGAUGGCUAAUGUGGCCAGAUCUGCACUGGGAAUUGGUUCUUCGGUUUUCUUUUCGUUGGCUGUACUGAAGUAGAAGUAACUGUCUUUCGCUAGAUUCCAGUUCUUUUUCGCUGCAAAUGCUUUCAUGUCAUCCUCCGAGCUUAGGUUCAACAUCCUCGAGGCGUCCUGAAUGGAGAUCUUGUCGUAUGCACUUUCCAUGCACGCUCCUAUCUCAUCCCGAACAGUGUUCAACAAAAUAUCUAUGAAGAAAUUGUAAGACGCUGCUGGUACGUUGCCCUUUGCUAAGAAUAUCUUAUUGUAUGAACCUUCCAUUAAAUACUGUUCUAAGCUCAAAGGGUGUCUGAUAUAAACGUUGGAUUGUAUUUGAUCCGAAGGCAGCAAUUCCAAUUCCGUGUGAAACUCGGCCACGCGGUUCUGAGACAGCAGGAAUAAAAGAUUCAAGCCAAGAAGAUGAUAUUUAUAUGCAGACUCCAUCAAUUCAGAUUUAUAAUCGAAAUAGUAACACUUCAAUUGUGCCAUAUAGCGUUCGAAGGAAGGUAUAUCUUCGGUCACGAUGCUCCAUUGCGCACCAAUCUCUAAAAUAUCACCUGCAACCCAAGUUUGCAAAUAUAGUAACAAUGCUAAAAUUCAUACAUACAUUUGUACUUACGUGCUAUGAGUAAUUCAUUUUGACUAGCUGUGCUAUUCGAUGUUGGCAGAAACAUUAAAUGCGUAAGGCCAACCUGUGGAAAUCAGUUGUUCGAUAAUUAAUAGAUAUAUUAUAUCGUGAAAAUACGAUGACAAUACGCUUUUGACACAAUGAAUGAAAGGUUAUGUUGACAUCGUUUAUUAAUCGAAAAAUGCUGGAAAUAUUUUCGAAUAAACUUUACACGCUUCGUAUAUAGAUCACCUUUAAUUGAUUGAGUAGUUCACCGCAUUUCUUCAAAUUGCACGGAGUCGCCGCCCAUUCAUCUUUUAAAUUUUUGUACACAGGAACAACAUCCUUCAACGCUGCCAUUUUCGGGCACACUGUUAUCAUGCAGCAUAGGCUUCAUAAAUAUGCAUUUUUAUAGAUGCAAAGUAGAAAGAGAAAACAAAAAUGCAAAUUGCGUGAGAAUAAGUACUACUUAAAAUAUACAGCAACGAAACAGCAGAUUUAAAAUACAGGUAUAGCAACAAAAAUACAUAUAUACGUAUAUAAUUUAUCGUUAUUUUAUAUUUAUUAGAUCAGUUUUACAUAUAAAAUUGACGAAACAUUUAGAAGAAUAUUCGAUAAGCAAAUUAUACGAUUACGAACUUGGCUAUUUCAUGAUGCAUGCAAGCAUAAAUUUUCACCAAUCAGCCAAUCGAAAUAAUGCAUUUGGUUAAUUGUUACUUGCACGUUACUUCGUAAUUUACCUUCAAUUACUCAUCGACGUAAAAGAUAUUUUCCAUUAACUGUCACGAAUCGAAACAGAAAUAUUUUGAAAUUCGAAAUUUUCAAUGCAUUUUACACGCAUGAAAGUGGAGAGAUGCGUGCAUUGCGGCUACGUCUUAAGGCCGUAUCUAUUAGUGCGAAGGGACUUGAUGCACUUGAGAAAAACGAUCUUUACCGGCCUUCAACUUCCUCUUCCCGUAACUGGAUAUAAUGGCGUCUGGAGUAAGUCUCUCUCAUGCAAUUCGAAUUACUAAACAUCGUGAUCGUAGUGAACAGACGGAAAUACAGAUCCCGAUAGAAACAGAAAUCAACGUGGAUAUUAACUAAUGGAGGACCGAUUUAUUUCAGACACUUUACACGUACCCGGAAAACUUCAGAGCUUACAAGGUGCUCAUUGCAGCUCAGUAUUCCGGUGCCCAGAUCAAGAUCGCCGAUGAUUUCGUUUUCGGCGAGACGAAUAAAACCGAAGCAUUCUUGAAGAAGUUCCCACUGGGCAAGUGGCCAACGACCAGCUGAGAGGCAAAACUGACCUUGAACGUGCAGAAAUCAUCCAGUGGUUCGGCUUUGCAGAUUCUGAGAUUCUCCCAGCUAGUUGCGCAUGGGUGUUUCCAUUGCUUGGAAUAAUGCCUUACAAUAAACAGAACGUAGAACACGCUAAGGAUGAUGUAAAGAAAGCGCUAACUGCCCUUAAUUUUCAUUUACUCACACGUACUUAUCUAGUUGGAGAACGAUUGACAUUAGCAGAUAUUAGUGUAGCUAUGACAUUACUUCAUUUGUACCAAUAUAUCCUCGAACCAAAUCUACGUAAACCAUACCAGAAUGUAAAUCGAUGGUUUCAAACUGUUAUUUAUCAGCCCGAGUCCAUGGCUGUAAUUGGUGCCUUUAAAUUGGCUGAGAAAACUCUUGAAUAUGAUCCAAAGAAAUUUGCAGAAACUCAAGGAAAGUCUUCAAAGAAAGAGAAAAAGGAGAAGGAAUCUAAGAAAGAAUCAAAGGAACCAAAAGAAUCUAAGAAAGAAGCUGUCGAAGAUCUUGAUCCAACGGAUGCUAUUUUGGCCGCCGAACCUAAAAAUACAAAUCCUUUUGAUACAUUACCUAAAGGCACUUUCGAUCUUGAUGAUUUUAAAAGAUUUUAUUCUAAUGAAGACGAGUCGAAGUCUAUACCUUACUUCUGGCAAAAGUUCGAUCCAGACCAUUAUAGUAUUUGGCUUGGUGAAUACAAAUAUAACAAUGAGCUAACGAAGGUUUUCAUGUCUUGCAAUCUCAUAAGUGGAAUGUAUCAACGAUUAGAUAAAAUGCGAAAAGCUGCAUUUGCCAGCGCCUGUCUUUUCGGUACAGAUAACGACAGUAGCAUCAGUGGUAUUUGGGUUUGGCGUGGGCACGAACUUGCUUUCACGUUGAGUCCAGACUGGCAGGUAGAUUAUGAAUCAUACAGUUGGACUAAGUUAGACCCAACUAAAGAAGAAACAAAACAGUUGGUUCAACAAUAUUUUAGCUGGACCGGCACCGAUAAGGAGGGACGUAAAUUUAAUCAGGGAAAAAUUUUCAAGUAAAAAUUUGCCAUAUGCUUAUUAUUAAACAGAACACUUUGUUCGCAAGAAAUAAACGUAAAAAAAACUGAUAAGAUAUUAUCAAAGUUUACAUGCAAACCCUUAGAAUCCUGUAUUGAAAUAGGGUGAUUUUCAGAAAAAAAAUGUUCCUUUCUGUAAGUCUCUGAUCUGAUAACUCGAUGCUUUCAUCUUUUGAAACUUACAUUGCGUUCAUAUUACGAUACCGAUCGAAAAUUAGUUCAAACGCACGUUUCUUAGUAUUUGGAUUUAUUUUAGUGUCAUACGAAUGUCAUUAAAUUUCAGUGGAAUAUGUACAACAUAUUUCACUUCUUUAUCUCUAUUUAUAGAAAUUCUUUUUCAUACGACUGCAUUAAAUUAUUUAAUUUAUAAAUUGUUUCUAAUGUAUGUCAAAAGUAAUUUAAAUAGAUUUAAGGUGUUACUUUGUUCAUUUGUUAUUGUUUAAUAAAGAAGCAUAUAGCAUGAUUUUUGAUAUAGAAACAGAAAAAUUACGGAUACCACUUAAGUAUGCUGCUAUACGUACUAUAAUUCAUCUUCCAUAUACUAGUUGUGUGAACUAUAGUUUUAAAUAUAAUGCAUAUUUUUACAAAAAUGAAGUUGUUGAUUCUUCGACAUACUACAAUAAAUUUCUAUAUUUCACGCACUUUGUAUCAAUAUUUAAAUAUCAAAUCCAAAGGCACAGAGAUUGUGUUUUGAUUAUUUAUUUUUGAGUUUCAACAAAAACAAUGGCAAACAACAAAAUGUUUUUUUACAUUGUAUUUACAAAAAAAAUAUCUUGCUGUUAAUUUACGGCACUUAAAAUCCCCUUUCGUCCAUCCAUGCUUUAACAAGAUUUACAAAAUCUCCUCUGAAUUUAAUUUCACCCAACAGUUCAUUAGUGCGAAUGCCUAUUGGUCUGUUUACCCUUUUCUCUAUAUACUCCUUCAAUUCAGAUUCUAAUGCCCAAAUAUCUCCGUGAAUUUUGCGGACAGUAGUUAUCCUUCGUAGUCCUCGAUGAAAUAUUUCAAGAUAAACUGGUUGCAUGUAGUUUUUUGUCCGGGUUACAUAAUAUGGGUAAUCGUGCGGCUUGGCUAUUCAGUAAUUGAACAAAUUAGCAAACUCCAUUAUAAAUAUUGUAACAGUGUACAUGAAAUAAAACAACUUACCAACAGGUGGUUUCCAUCCGGAUGGAUAUUCUUUACUUUCUAAGCAGGGAAUAGGUAUGACCUUUGGUCUAAGUACACGUUCUACAUAUUCCCAUUCUUUUGGAUCUUUUGUCACCUCAUAAUCCGUGUAUUUGGAGGGAUCUGUAUAUUUGGGUGAGCUCGUGUAAGUUCCCCAUCUUUUUUGUAUCUAAUAUGAAUGAAAAUAUCUUGCAUGAGGUUUUCGAUUAAAAUUAAAUUCUAUAUAUAUAUAAUUAAUAUUUUUAUAUACUUUUACGAUAUAUGUAUAUCAUAACAAUCGCAUAGGAAAUAAAAUAAUUCUAAAUAUCCUAAAUAUUGUUUUGAUUAAACGUACAAAUAUUUAUAGGUUACCGUGGAAAACCGAAUAA